CCAUUUGAGAGAGAUGGUGACCUGUAGUCCCUGGAAUGUUCUGGAUCUUGGAGCUGAUGAAUAAGAGAGAAGGGGUGAACUCUUUCCCCUUGUAAAGUUGGGGGAGAACACACUGAGCCGGCCGUGUGAGCAGAUAGACACACAGGAGAUCCUAGAUAAGGCACCAGGACGUGGAAGGUCAGAUCUUCUGGCAGUGAUGGAAACCCUGGACACCUCGGUCCUCCCUUCCCUCCUCUUCCUCGCCGUGCACUUCCUCACGGCGGCUGGGGUGUGGCUUUACCGCCGCCACCGCGCCCGGCUCUCAGAUGAGCGAGACAGAGUGCAGAAGAAAACCUUCACAAAAUGGGUCAACAAGCACCUCAUCAAGGUGCGGAAGCAUAUCACAGACCUCUACGAAGACCUGCGGGAUGGGCACAAUCUCAUCUCCCUGCUGGAGGUGCUGUCUGGAGUCACUCUGCCCAGAGAAAAAGGCCGUAUGAGGUUUCACCGGCUGCAGAAUGUGCAGAUCGCUCUGGACUUCCUCAAACAGAGACAGGUCAAAUUAGUGAACAUCCGGAAUGAUGACAUCACAGACGGAAACCCCAAGCUGACCCUGGGACUGAUCUGGACCAUCAUCCUCCACUUCCAGAUCUCUGAGAUCUACGUGAGCGGUGAGUCAGGUGACCUGACAGCCAAGGAGAAGCUGUUGCUAUGGAGUCAGCAGGCAACAGAGGGCUACCCCGCAAUGCGCUGCGUCAACUUCUCCUCUAGCUGGAGCGACGGGCGCAUGUUCAACGCCCUUCUGCAUAGAUACAGGCCUGACCUGAUAGAUAUGGAGGUGGUUGCACGACAAAGCAACCGCGACAACCUAGAACAGGCCUUCGACAUUGCGGAGUCACUAGGGGUCACACGACUACUGGAUGCUGAAGACGUGGACGUACCGUCGCCAGAUGAGAAGUCGGUCAUCACCUACGUGUCCUCCAUCUAUGACGCAUUCCCCAAGAUCCCAGAGGGGGGCGAGGGCAUCGCAGUGCAAGAAGUGGACCAGCGCUGGUCGGAGUACCAGACCCGAUUCCCCGCCCUGCUGCAGUGGACCCGGCAGCACACGCUGCUCAUGGCCGACAAGAACUUUCCCCAGAACCCCGUGGAGCUGAAGGCACUUUACAACGAGUACGUCCAUUUCAAAGAGACGGAGAUUCCGGCCAAGGAGAUGGAGAAGAGCCGGAUCGAGCACCUCUACAAGCUGCUGGAGGUGUGGAUGGAGUUUGGCCGUAUCAAGCUGCCCCCGGGCCGCCACCCCAAUGACCUGGAGGAGGAGUGGGGCAAGCUGAUCCUGGAGAUGCUGGAGCGGGAGAAGGCGCUCCGCCCGGCUGUGGAGAGGUUGGAGCUGCUUCUACAGAUGGCCAAUAAGAUCCAGAACGCAGCGCUGGACUGUGAGGAGAAACUCACUCUCGCCAAAAACACACUGCAGGCUGACGUGCUGAACCUGGAGAACGGGGAGCCCGUGCGCUGUGAGCAGGAGCUGGGCGUGUAUCUGCAGGACUGUGAGGCCCUGAUCCGCCAGCUUCAGCUCGACCUGCAGAUCCUCAGGGAUGAGAAGUACUACCAGGUGGAGCAGCUGGCCUUCAGGGUGUCGUGUCUGCAGGAGGAGCUGGUCUCUCUCCGGCUGCAGUGCUCCAGUGUGUACAGAAAGGGCCACUUCUCCUCGGGCGGUUUGGCCGGGGACCAGGGCGGGCAGCGGGGCUCCGGGCGGGAUAGCCUCUCCCUGUCCCUGGGGGCCCAGACGCUGCUGGGAGCCGUGGGGGCCGUGGGGGCCCUGCUCAGGAGGCCCAUGUCCCGCUCAGAGCUGGUGGCCAUGUCCUCCUCAGAGGACGAAGGCAGUCUGAGGUUCAUCUACGAGCUCCUGGGCUGGGUGGAGGAGACGCAGGAUCUCCUGCAGCAGGCUGAGUGGGGAGCAGACCUCCCCUCUGUGGAGCAGCACCUGCAGGAUCACAGGAGCAUACACACUGCAGUGGAGGAGCUGUUGCACAGCCUGAAGCAGGCACGCAGCUACGAGUCCAUCAUCUCGCCUAAUUUCCACAGCAGUUACUCUGAGACCCUGGCCAAGCUGGAGCACCAGUACUGCAAACUACUGGAACACUCCUCAUGGCGGCUUCGUUGUCUGGAGAGCCUGCAGGCGUUCGUGUCGCGCUGCACGGAGGAGCUGAUCUGGCUGAACGAGAGAGAGGAGGAGGAGCUGGCCUUCGACUGGAGCGAGAGCAACACCAACAUCUCCGCCAAGAGAGAGCUGUACACUGACAUGAUGUCAGAGCUGGACGAAAAACAGGAUGUGAUGCGUUCCCUACAGGAAACAGCUGACCGCCUCUGUCUGGAGAAUCACCCAGCCAAACAGACAGUGGAGGCCUACAGCGCCGCCCUGCAGACUCAGUGGGAAUGGGUCAGGCAGCUGUGCCUUUGUGUGGAGCAGCACCUGAAAGACAACACCACCUACUUCCAGUUUGUGAGUGAUGUGAGGGACUGUGAGAGCUCCCUGCGGCAGCUGCAGGACACCAUAAAGAGACAGUACACCUGCGACAAAAACAGCAGACUGGGCAAGGUGGAGGACCUGCUGCAAGACUCUAUGGAGGAGAAGGAGCAGCUGAUUGGGUACCGCAGCACCGUGGCAGGUCUAGUGGGGCGGGCCAAGACCGUGGUUCAGCUGAGCCCACGCAACGCAGACUGCAUGGUGGCGACGACCACGCCCAUCCGGGCCAUCUGUGACUACCGGCAGAUCGAGAUCACCAUCAGUAAGGGCGAGGAGUGUGUGUUGGAAGAUAACUCCCAGCGCACCAAGUGGAAGGUCAUCAGCCCCAGUGGCAAUGAAGCCAUGGUGCCCUCCGUCUGCUUCACUGUCCCUCCCCCCAACCAGGGGGCGCUGGACACUGCCACCAGGAUGGAGCAGCUCUACCAGAAUGUGAUGGCUCUGUGGCAUCAGCUGCAUGUGAACAUGAAGAGUGUGGUCUCCUGGCACUACCUGCAGAAGGACAUCAGAACCAUUUCUUCUUGGACUCUGGACACGGUGCGUUCUCAGGCGCCAGCGGAGAGGCAACAGGCUCUGGAUAACCUGGAGGCUCACCUGACGGACUUCCUGGCAGACAGCCGAGAGAGCGCUCUCUUCACCUCCGCCGAGAGGAGAGAGCUGGAGAAGGAGGCUGAGGACUGCCGAGCUCACUGCCAGGCUCUUCUGGUCUCCAUGGAGACAGUGGAGAAGGACGAGUCGGUGUCUCGGUCCUACCUGACGGAGUUGCAGGAUAUCAAGCGUCACCUGGAGCAGGCGGAGCAGAGGCUGACCAGAGGAAUCCAGACCCCGCUCCCUAGCAACCUGAGCAGCGACGGUGGCGACAGCACCGUGCACAUCACAGAGCAAGAGACCCUGCAGCGGGACCUGGACGGGCUGCGCUCCAACCUGGGGGCCGUCUCCCGCCGCUGCGUCAGCUUCUUCCAGGAGAAGCCCUCCUCCGCCAGCGUGCCCGUGCUGCGGUCCGAGCUCAACGUGGCCGUCGAGCAGAUGGAUCGCCUGCACGCGCUGUCCUCCGUCUACCUGCACAAACUGAAGACGGUGGAUGUGUUGAUGCGCAGUUCGCAGGCUGCAGAGAGUCUGCUGAAGAAGUUUGAGAGCCGGCUGAGUGAGGAGGACAUCGUCCCGGCCGACACCAGCGCCAUCCAGGCCCUGAGAGAGCAGCUGGGGAGGUGGCACUCUGACCUGGAUGACCAGGAGCACGUCUUCCACUCCCUCAAUGCGGAGGUCCAGAGGGCCCGGGAGGCAGGGGCCCAGCUCAGCCAGCUGCACCCUGACCGCAGCCCAGAACUGGACCGCUACCAGGAGAAAGCAACCCAGCUCUCUGAGAGAUGGACCGGCGUGCGGAGACAGAUUGAGACCAGGCAAGCGGACCUGGAGACGCUGGGCUCUGUUCUGCAGCAGUACCGGGAGGGACACUCUGCUCUGAUCCAGUGGAUCGAGGAGACGACGGAGAGACAGGAGAGCACGCAGCCAGGACAGACAGACAGCAAAGUGCUGUCCGAGCAGCUCGCCCAGCAAACGGCCCUGGUGGUUGAGAUUGAACAGAACCAGGUCAAACUGGACCAGUGUCAGACACACUCCAAACAGUACUGCACCUCUGUGAAGGAUUAUGAGCUGCAGCUGAUGACGUACCGGGCCUUUGUGGAGUCGACGCAGAAAUCUCCUGUGAAGAGGAGGAGGAUGCACUCUUCAUCUGAUGCCAUCACACAGGAGUUCAUGGACCUACGCACACGCUACACGGCCCUGGUCACCCUGACGACGCAGCACGUCAAGUACAUCAGCGACGCCCUGAGAAGACUAGAGGAAGAAGAGAAAGAGGUGGAGGAGGAGAGGCAGGCGCACGUGGGGCAGGUGACUGACCUGCUCUGCUGGGUGCGGGGCCUCCAGGAACGAGCCAGGGGACACAAGGGGACACUGGCGGAGGACCCCAAAUCUGCAGAGUCAUCAUUGGCUGCACAGCAGGCCAUCAAUGAGCAGCUCGCUGCUAAGAAGGAGGAAGUGGCGGAAGCUAUCAGGAGCACCCAGGUCUUCCUCAGGUCUAAACAGGCCAGCAAGUUGUCCCCAGAGGAGCGCGCCCAUGUGGCCUCCCAGCUGGAGGAGCUGACGGACACCUACGGCCGGCUCUGCCAGAGCUCAGCCUCACAGCUGCAGCAGCUGGAGGAGCAGCUGGCCAGAGAGGAGCAGCGCAAGAGCCAAGCAGCUAUUGCUGGAGUGAUUGACCUGGGUACUGUGGAAACCUUCCCAGUAUUUCAGGCUGCACAGCGGGGACUCAUUGACCAGGACACCUGCCAUGUCCUGCUGGAGGCCCAGCUCACCAUGGGUGGCCUGCUUUUGCCUGAUUCCCCGGAGGUUAUCUCAUUGGAUGAGGGCCUUUCUCGUGGCCUGAUUGACAGCAGAACCGCCAAAUCACUGUCUGAGCUGGAGUCAGCUCUACGUGUAGUAGACAGGUUGCACCCUAAAGAAGGCCAUUUGGCCCCUGUCGCUGCAGCGAUUGAGGAGGGGCUGAUUGGGGAGGAGGUGGGCCUGAGGAUCCUGGAGCUGCAGAUGAGCGCAGGGGGUCUGCAGGAGCCAUCCUGUGGAGAGCGACUCAGCCCAGAGAUCGCAGUAGAGAGGGGCCUGCUCAGCCCCAAAGUCUACAGCAGACUCGGCUCGAGGUCCCGGCGUUGUGAGCUGAUCGACCCCAACACUGCAGAAAAGCUGAGCCUUGUUGAGCUGCAGCAGCGCUGUGUCCUGAACGACGAGUCCGGCCUGCGUUUGCUGCCCGUCAGCCAGCAGCCGGGGGGUGCCAUCUGCUUGCGCUCAGGUCGCAAAGUGGGCAUCUUCCGGGCAGUGCAAGAGGGACUGAUUGACCGGCAGGUGACUGUGCGGCUGCUGGAGGCCCAGCUGUUUGCUGGGGGCAUCGCAGACCCACGAACGGGCCACCGUCUGACGGUGGAUGAGGCCAUCCGGCAUGGUGUAAUGGACCAGGACCUAGCCUGUGCCCUGCUGACACGGCAGCUGCAGGCAGGGGGGCUCCUGGACCCAGUCAGCGGAGAGCGUUUGGGAGUGGAUGAGGCGAUUCGCAGGGAUCUGCUGGCCCCUCGGAUGGCCCUUCUGGUUUUGGAGUCUCUCUGGGCCUUCAUGGGGCUGCUGUGGCCUGAGUCAGGUGAGCUGUUGCCUAUUGCUGAGGCCCUGCAGCAGGGUGUGAUCUCUGGGGAUCUUGCUCGGCGUAUCCUGCACCAGCGGCAUCUCAUCGGAGCCCUCUACCUGCCUGAAACCAGCCGUGUGGUGCCCCUUGACCAAGCUGAAGAGGUCGUUGACACCAAAGUGGUGGAAAUUCUGAGACAGACCCAGAUACCAGAUGUGUUGCCCAACAUGACGCAGUCUGGUUCCCCUACACUGAACCGUCUGAGUUGGGGCUCAACAUCCUCUUCCUCACCCCCCACAUCACCACCAGGGAUCAGCUGUGAUCCCAGUUUCAUGAAAGGUGUGGGCCCAGUUGAACAAGCUCAGCACAGACUCCUCUUCCACCUCAUGACCUGCAGCUAUGUGGAUGCUCACUCAGGCCAGCGCUUGGUUCUGCUGGAACCAGAGCUCGCAGAGCUAGCCAGUGCUGUGAGUCUCGCCCCAGGGGGAAAUGGACCUAGUGGUGCAGAGGCAGAAUCCAAGGUUGCCCCAGUUGGCACAGCUACCCAACAGCUCAGAGACACAGAUGAUCUUGGGUUUGAGCUCUCCUGGAGUGACACAGAAGAACAGGGCACCACAGAAAUGAUGGAAAUACAAGAUGAAAGCUCUAAAUACAGCAUCUUGAGGAAAGAUAUCACACCCUGGAAAAAGGGAGAUGGGGAUCAUGGCCCAGUGUCCAAGGAAAUCCAUGAACAUGCUGCUCAGAGUGAUCAAACAAAGAGAGUAACUGAACAAAUGAGUGUCUCAUUGUGUGGGGCCGACAUGGACAUGGCUGAAUCUGCCACUGUGGAGAGAAAAGGGGAAGCAAUGGAUAAUGUAAGGCCAGAAAUUGUGAAAGAGGGGAAGACCGAACAGAGGAAAAAAAGACAUGUGUUAGAGGGUGGGCAGAGUGGAGUGGGAGAUGAGAUGGCCUCAAUCAAAGAGGAGUCCCAUGAAGUACUCUCAGAAUUCUCAGCCAUGGAUGUCCCAGUGAUUGAGUUUGAGAAACCUAAAAGAGCCCCAAGGGAAGCAGCCCAGCACCCAGAGGGUGUAGACCAGCCCCAAGUGGAAGAGGCCGAGCCAGAGCUAUUAGACCAGUUGGUGGCACGGCUUAAGCAAACUGGGGCACCUUGGGCAGAUAAAACCACUGCAGACAGGCAUGAGCGAGAGAUCAUGGAUGCUGAAAUGCCUCUGAUGAUUGUAGAAGAAGAUGACCAGGAAAUUGUGAGUCUGGAUAGAGUCAGCAUUGAGACUCCCGCUGUACAGGGAGACACAAAACAGAAAAGCCAAACUGUCCAACUUGUGGAAAGUGGGCUUCUUGACAGAGCUGAACUCUUGAGAACUGCUAAGCAGGCAUUGAAAGCGAGGAAGAAGGGAGACAAAGAAGCAGAGAAGAAGGGGGUGGCAUUGGAGCGCAAUGGGCAGGUUGAGAGGGAUGUCGAGAAGCCGGUGAAGGAAGGUCAUACCCAGCAUGUAAGCUCAGGAUUGAGCUUUAGUCAAGUGGGAGACUCUCCAGAGCAAAGUGAAGAUCAAGAGCUGGAGCGGCUGGCCCGGGAGCUGCAGGAAGGUGGCCUUAGAACUGACAGAGGAGAGCGCCUGCUGCUGGAUGAGGCUGUGUCCCAGGGUAUGUUGCCGGGCCACACAGCGGUCAAGCUGAUGCAGCGGGCAGGGCUGUUUGGGGGCUUUCUGGAUGUGAGCACGUGCGAAGCACUGAGUGUGGAAGAUGUUGUGCAGGAGGGCUUGCUGGAUGAGAGCUUGAUGAGGAGCGUGCUCCGAUCUGAGAAGACACUGUCAGGUGUGGUAGAUGUGGAACAUGGGAAGCUAUAUUCCCUGCAGGAUGCUGCCAGAGUUGGGCUACUGGACCCUGAAACUGUUGCCAGGCUCCUAGAGGCUCAGGUUGUCUCAGGGGGUGUGGUGGACCUGCGGAGAGGGAAGAAGGUGUCUGUUACUCUGGCGUCCAACCUAGGGCUAAUUGAUGAAGGUCAGAGGGAAGAACUAACCAUUCUGGAGAAGUCCUGCCGGGGGAAGAGCUCAGACCCUGGGGUGGCCUUCUCUAAGGCCACCCUGCAGCUGCAGAUGGAUGGGGUGGUAGACCCAAAAACAAGGGUACCUGUGCCUCUGGUGGAAGGUAUGCAGAAGGGGCUGCUGGGUCAGGAGGAGGCACGGAGGGUUCUGUCAGAGCAGGUGGCAGAAGGGGGCAUUAUGCACCAUGGCUCUGGGGUCCGGCUGUCUGUCAAAGACGCACUGCAGCGAGGCCUGGUGGAUGAGGGGAUGGCCCAGGAGCUGGAACAUUUGGAAAGAGCAUGCCGUGACCCCAAAUUAUCUAGCAUUGACCCCAGUGCUGCCUUCCUGCUGGCUUCUACUGGCAGCAUCUCUGACCCGGAAUCUGGAAGUAGGCUUACACUGUCAGAAGCGUUGUCUCGAGGCCUGCUGGAUAAUGCCACUGCUGAAAGUGCCAUGGCCUCACCUGGAGUUGUGCGGGGUAUGCUGGAACCUCAUAGUGCCCGUAUUGUGCCUUACUCAGAGCUCAUCAACCAGGGAAAAAUUGACAUAGAGACUGGUCAACGUUUCCUGGAAGUGCGUUCCUUCCAGGGGGUGUUGGACAAGCAGACAGGCAUGGUUAUGACUCUGCCCCAGGCCUUGGAGGCUCUCCAGGUCGACAAGGUGCCGGCAAUGAGGCUGCUGCAAAAUCAGGCAGAUACGGGUGGGAUUGUGGACAUUUACACAGGAGAGAGGCUGCCUCUGCCCGAAGCAGUGACACGGGGCAUGGUGGGAGAGAGCAUGGCCAGGCUGAUUGCCACCAACCAGAUGCAGGCGGGGGGUCUACUUGACCCAGCCAGUGGGGAGAGGGUUCCCAGCCUCAGGGAGGCUACAGAAGCCGGGCUGAUCACCAGGGAUAUAGCCGCUGCCCUCCAGGGCAACCUAGAUACUCUCGUUGAGGAAGAGGAGGAAGAUGAAGAAAACACAGAUGCUGAGAGUGAAAUACUCACAGGUUCUGUAAAUGGUUCUGUAAAUACACUGCCAUCAUCUGAACGUGGAAACCAAACUAAGAAGCUCUCUGUUAAGGAUGAGCAGAUUUCUGUACCCUCACAUCUGGGAGAUUUAAACACAGAGUCCCUUGCUAUGAGAACUGCAGUAGACAUACCACAAUCUGCCAAGUCCCUCAAGAUUUUGGCGUCCUCCCACAUCGAGGUCAGCAGGGAGCCUGAAAAUCUGCUCAUACCAGGUAUGUCAACAAGUGAAAAACCAUUGGAAGAGGAAGUGGACAGUUCCUUGGAAACACUAGCUCUCUUUGCAGCUGGUGCAGGAAAGAGACUACAGCAGGCACUGGAGGAGAUGGACCAGCACAAGAAGCCUGUUGAAGCAAAACCAUUGAUUUACAACAAAUCUCCUGCAUGCAUCAGUAUGGAGGCUGAAGCGAGGGAGGAUAGGAAUGACCCUAAUAGGGCACAUCACUCAGCAGCUACUCCCUCACAGGCCUAUAAACCUGACCAGGCACCAGACUUAGGGUCUCAGACUCCACUCCAUGGUGAGGCAGUGCUCCUGCAGUCUGACAGGCUAAGAGCGGAACCAAACAACUCAAGCGAUGGAGAAGUAAUACCUCAAGAACAAGACCGGUCAGAUGAGAAGGUACCUGCUUCAGUUGCCACACAAAUUGCAUACACUAAAAAUGCAAGGUACCAAGAGAGCUGGGGUUCUGGGGAAAGCAUGGGCACCUCCACUCUUCCCCUGGAAAUAGAGCCAAGCAAUGGAAGAAAGGGAACAGGUUCAAGUAUGGAAGUUGGGAUUGAGGUGGGAAGGAAUAGGAGGGAAGAAACUAGCAUAGUCCCUGACUCAAAAGAGUCUGAAAAAAAGAUGACAGGAGAAGAGGGAGAGAGAGACCUGAAACAGAGGCAUACCAACAAGGCUGUACCUUCUUCAGAGAAUAAACAUGAUCAAACCAAGGAGGAUGAGGACGAGAGGAGGAUAAAGUCCCCUUCACUUCAAAAAGGGGACCUUACCGAGGGGUGGUCCCAGAGCAUGGGGGUAUUGCAGGAACAGGAUGUCAGGGAACAGGUUCUGCCUGCUGUCAAAGUGAAGUCAAAGAGUGAGGUUGCAGGGUCAGGGAAGAGCGUGCCCAUCAAAACCUCAGGGGAGAUGAAACCAGAGAUUCUAGAUAGUCCACUUGAACAGGAAGUCCGCUUUGUUGGAAAGGAAAUAGGUCAUGGUGCAGAGGUUGCAUCCCAAAAAACCAAAGUGGUUCCAGAAAUGCAGAGAGAUGAGCCAGUCAGAGACCUAAUUAGGGAUGAGAGCCCAUUAGUCUCAGAUGGGCACACAGAUCAGGAGAUGACAGCAGAGGGAACUGUUCCCCAUCAAGCCCUGGAGCUGAUUGAAGAAGCAGAACCGCAAGUGGAGCAGACAACUCCAAACGAGGGAGAACAGCAGCAGAUAAAGAGGAGAGAUACAGACUCUGCUCAGAAAGUGGCUCAUGGGCCCAGUGAGAAAGAGGUACUGCUGAUGAAGGCAAAGGAGAGCAUUCUGAGGAAGGUGUUUGAGCGAGGAGUGAGUGAGAGGCAGGCUGCUGAUGAACUUGAGGCACUACAUAAGGUGCCAGGGAAAACAGAGCACCUCCUGGUCCCAGCAGAAGAACGCAAUCGAGAGACCAACUUAGAGCAAAGGACAGAGGUUAAAAAGGCAAAUGAAUCCAAACAGAAUGAUAAGGAAAUGGAGGAGCCUGCUUCCUUGCUGUCGCAGGAUCAUGUUUCAGAUUUGGCUCAACCAAUCAGAAGGGAGAUUAAAGGUAGAACAGAGGAGGGACAACAGGGCCAACCUGGGCCAGGCAAAGGGGAAUCGCUACCAGAACUGGCAGAGUGUGUGGAUAUGCAGAGUCGGCCUGAAAGAGCCAAUAUGAUGGAGGGCCUUGUGGCCAAGGACCACAAGGAUGUCGGGGUCAGCCAAAGGCCCACAUCAGCCCCAAGUGCAAAUGAAGAAUUGGAUGCAGACCAGCAAAAAUUAACUCAUGAUUAUGUCCCAGCCCUAAAGGAAGUGCCUGCUGGUCUUCAAAGACUGGCCGAAGAAGACAGACUGGAUGUCAGCAAAACUGAGGCACAGCGCAAAGAUGUUCCCAACCAGCAGAGCACGUCUGCAAUGCAACCUGUCCCACAGGAGAUAUCCGAGUCUCAUCCUCUGGAGAAUGUGGACAGCCGCUCCCCAAUUUUGGGCGAAAUGGGGGCAUCAAACAGCAUCACCCCAACCUAUCAGGGUGCAGAGGUAUUCCUGGAGAAAACAAAGGAGGAGCUGAGGCUGGAUAUUUCCCCAAGUGACCACACAGCAGGUACUGAGGGAUCCAAACUUCAGGAGUCCCCAGAUUCUGGACAUUCCCAAUCAGAGGAGACUCUUGAGUCUGAUGUGACAGAAAGUAUGGAGGAAGAAGAGGAGGCAGAAGUUGAGACCAAAGUGCAGCAGAAAGAGAGAAAGAAGAGCACCUCUAAGGGCAGCAAGUUUCAUCCCCUGCCUCAGUCCUCAUUGGUGCGUCAGGAGUGCCUGGAGCAUGAUCAGCAAAUUGUAGCCCUCAUCUCCAUGGUGGGACACAUCCAGGUCCGCCUCAAACAGCAGCGGCAGCAGUCUAUUGGCCGCAGCCUCAAUGCUCUUGAUGACAUCAUCAGGCAGGUGGAGGCUCUGGAUCUAGAGCUGGUUGAUUUGGAGCCAGAAGUGAAGCGGGAAGUAGAGGCAGCAGCACGGCUGCUGGAGCCCUGCCCAGAGGAAGUUCCACCUCAACUACUUAAAGCGCUGGAAAAGGAUCAGCGGAGCCUGGCCCGCGGCUAUGCUGCUGCUAGAGAGGCUGCCCAGAAUGCACUGCAGGGCCUACGUGCACACCGAGAUUCACAGAAGGAGACAGUGAGCACUGAACUGCAGUCUCUCGGGCAGAGAGUGGAGGACCUCCUGUCCUGGCUGAAGGAGACUGAGUCAGCGACGGAGACACAGGUAGACAGAGUGACAGGGACAGAUGUGCAGGCACAGGGGGAGAGUGUGAGAGAUGGGACAUCUGCACAACUCACACAAAAACUGCAACUUUGCAAGGAGCUGCAGUCCUCUCUCUCUGCUCGCUCAGGAGAUGUUGCCUCUGUGGGGCUUGAUGUCCAGGUGUUCAUCUCAGAGCAGGCUCAGGACCUGGCGCCCGAACAGAGCAGGCAGCUGCUGGGACGCCUGCAGCAGCUGCAGAGGGCCUUCCAUGAGGCAGCGGGCCGCACCCAGGCGCGGGCCGACGGCCUCGCCGCCCAGAGAGAGAGGGAGGAGGAGCGCGAGCGCAGGGAGAGAGAGAAGGAGCAGAAGGAGAAAGAGAGGGAGAAAGACAGACAGAUCGCCAGGGAGAGAGAGGUCACAAAGCAGCAGAAGGCGGAGUGCUCUCAGAAGCUGGAAGGCCUGGCCAUGUGGCUGGCAGGAGCCGCCAGCACGCUGGCCAAUCAGAAAGCAGGAGCUGCGUCAGGUGAUGUUGGUGCGCUGCAGCAAAAGCAGAGAGAACUGAAGGAGGUCCAGCGUGACCUGCAGACGCGGGGAGACGGAGUGUCGGAGGCGGUGAGGGGAGUGGAGGAGUUCCUGGCCGAGAAGGGCGACAGCCUGAGUGCAGAAGAGAGGGCCAGCCUGCAGAGGGCGCUGUCCCAGGUGCGAGAGCAGUACAGCUCCCUGACGGACACCACCCAGACCUCCCUGGCCCAGCUGGACACAGACAUCAGCGCCACAGUCCAGCAGAACACCCAGAGGGCAAAGGCAGUGGAGGAGCUGCAGGAGACUCAGGGAAAGAUUGACACACUACUGAGGGACCUGUCAUCACUACAACAGCCUGGAAAGACACCCACGACUGUCAUGCAAACAGAUUCUGCAUCCUCCACGCAGCCAGGGGGCGCUGUACACUCACACUGUGAUGCCCUCCAGGCGCAGCUGCAGCAGCUGCAGGCCCAGCAGGCCGAGCUGAUGCAGGUGUCUCAGUCCGCGCAGUCGCUCCUGGAGCAGCCGGACUCCAGCGUGCCCGCGCAGGAGAAGCAGCGUCUGCGUGCGGCUCUGUCGCAGCUGCGCAGCCAGCACCAGGAGCGUCUGCAGGGCUGCCAGGACCGGCUGCGCAGGGCCGACGCCCUGCGGGACGAGCUGGCCAAGUUCCUGCAGGAGCACGGCCACCUGGGGGCCUGGCUGGAGCAGAGCGAGCAGGAGCUGCGUUCCCUGGGGGAAGGAGAAACCGACGCGCGGGGGCUGAGGGGACGGCUGGAGGAACACAAGAAGUUGGCGGAGGACGUGAUUUGCCACAAGGCGGACUUGCGGUUCGUGUCCAUCUCGGGGCAGAAGGUUCUGGACUGGGUCCAGGCGGCGCGGGGGAGAGAGGGCGGGGUGGACCCGGCUCUGGAGGAGACGCAGCAGCUGGUCAGCGACAAGCUCCAGGACGCCACUCAGCGAUACACCGCCCUGCACAGCAAGUCCUCAGAUCUGGGCACACAUCUGACUGGGUUGUUGGACCGGUACCAGCAGUACCAGGAUGAGGCGGGCUCACUGGAGUCCUGGCUGACUGCGCAGGAACAGAACCAGAAUGUGGUGGGACCGAGCGGAGAGCAGACAGACCCACAGACACUCCAGAACACUCUGCGUGCCGUACAGCUGGUGCAGGACGAGCUGGCGGAGCGCUCUGUGCAGCUGGAGAGAGUGAGGAGAGCAGAGAGAGAGCUGGCCCACACUCACGAGCCCCCCACACUGAGAGCCUCUGACAUCAGCAGCACCGCAGACGCUCUCUCGGGUCGUUUCGGUGCGUUCUCGGCCUCAGUGUCAGCGCGGGCGGAGCAGCUCCAGACGGCCGUGGCCCAAUCUCUCAGUGUUCAGGAGGGGCUGCAGACGCUGCUGUCCUGGCUCAACGGGCUGGUGCUGACCCCAGGGCCGGUCCCCCCCACCGCCCAGGCCGUUCAGGACGCCCUGACCCAGAAUCAGAAACUGCGGCAGGAGCUGCUGUCCAGGCAGGGCAGUGUGGACACCAUGCGGGACUCUGUAUCCAAACUGCUCCAGACGGCCGAUGCGACGACGUCCUCCGGACUGCAGAGGGCGCUGCAGGAUCUCAGUCAGCGCUACACAGAGGCCCAGGCCAAGCAGAGCGAGAGGGAGGCAGAGCUGCGCUCUCUUCUGCCCAGGCUGGAGAGCUACGAGCGUCUGAGCGCUGACCUGCGCAGCUUCACCCAGAGCCGCCAGAGAGCUCUGAGCCUGGGAGGCCAGCCAGACUGCAGCGUGGAGGACUACAGACAGACCAUAGAGGAAGUGAAGUCGGAGCUGAACCAGGAAGCAGAUCAGCUGAAGUCCCUGUGUGACCUUGGGACAGAUCUGAGCCAGUCCCGGGUCCUCACAAACACGCAGAGCCUCGUAGACACAGUGAGAGAGGUGUCCGAUGAGUUUGCCCGACUGCAAUCCAGUGUGAACGAGAGGUUCAAUGCUGUUCAGAGCUGUGGGGAGCAGCUGGCGCAGUUCCGCUCCCUCUCUGGCGCCCUCCUCAGGUGGCUGCAGGCAACACAGGAGCAGCUGCCUUCAGAGGAGCCCAGCCUCAACACUGAGGCCCUGCAGAGGAGGGUACAGCAGCUGCAGGAGCUGCUCAGUGACUGGGAGGCCCAGGGGGGUCGGGUCCAGGAGCUGAACCAGACCGGGUCAGAACUGGAGGCCCAGAUCAUCAGCAUCACCGCGCCUUCCAGCAAGACUGGUGUUCCCCAGCUCAAUGGUGCCGGCAGUCCCAGCAGUAUUAAUGGCAUUCACACCUGCAAAGACCUGACGGAGAUCCAGGUGGCGCUGGGCGAUGUGAACGGGGGCUAUGAGCGUUUGGGCGGGGAGCUGCGUGACCGGCGGGGGCGUCAGACCUCGUCCCUGGAGCUGCGUCAGCGUGCCAGGCAGGACGCCGACGCCCUCACCUGCUGGCUGGGCGACCGCGAGCACACCCUGGCCCUCGGGCAGACCGCCUCCCCCUCCAAACCCGAAGUGGUACGCGCCCAGGCUCAGCAAAACAAGGCGCUGCUGUCAGAGCUGGCAGAGCAUUCUGGGAAGGUGGAGGAACUGAAGAGCUCUCUACAGCAGCUAAUCACAGAGAACCCAGACUCCCCUGAAGCUGAGAAGUGGAAGGAGCAGCUCAGAGACAUCGACUCCAGAUGGGAGAAAGCCAAUCAAAUGGCGGCUCAAAGACAGACCGAACUGGAGACCUGCGCUGAUAGGCUGGGAAGCUUUGCAGCGGCAGCCAGUCAGCUGGGACCCUGGCUUCGAGAGAAGGAGCUGAUGAUGAGCGUGCUUGGGCCCCUGAGCAUCGACCCCAACAUGCUGAACACCCAGAAACAACAAGUACAGUUUAUGCUACGUGAGUUUGAGACGCGGAGGCCCCAGUUCGACCAGCUCACCCAGGCCGCCGAGGGCAUCCUCUCCCCCACCGGGGAGCAGGGCCCGGGGGAGGCGCAGGACCAGGAGGAGGUGCGGGGGGAGCUGGAGGCCGUCUCGCAGCAGUGGGGCGACCUGACGGGGCGUCUGUCCCAGCGCUCGGACCAGAUCGAGCGGGCGCAGGGGACCAGCGAGCAGUAUCAGGCCCUGCUGCGGGAGCUGGGCCUCAGCCUGAGCGCGCUGGGAGAGAGGCUGGAUGGCCAGGCCUCCCUCAGCGCCCAGCCCGAGGCCCUCCGGCGCCGCCUGCAGGAGACGGGCGAGAUCCGCGCGGAGCUGGAGCAGCGGCGUGGCGAGCUGGGCCGGGCCGAGGAGCUCUGCCACGAGCUGAGCGCCAUCGUCGUGGAGCCCUACCUCAGAGACGAGCUCCGCAAGAGGCUGGAGAGUGUGAGCGGCCCCCUGAGGAGCCUGGAGGAGAGAGCCGAGGAUGGUAUGUCCCAGCUCCAGGCCGCCCUCUCCAGCACGCAGCAGUUCCAGCAGAUGUUUGAGGAGCUGCGCGGCUGGCUGGACGAGCACAGCGGUCACCAGCUGGCGGGCGGGGUGUGUGCCUCCCUGCCCUGCGAGCCGGGGCCCCUGAAGGCCCUGCUGGAGCAGCAGGAGGAGUUCCAGCGCGGGCUGGCGCAGCAGCGCGGCUCCUACGACCUCCUGCAGGCCGAGGGCGUGUCCCUGCUGGCCUCGCUGCCCGCGGGCGGGGAGGAGAGGGCCAGCCUGCAGUCCCGACUCGCCACCCUGCGCCAGGACUGGGAGGCGCUGACCCAGGGAGCCGCCCAGCGCCAGGCCGGCCUGCGGGAGGCGCUGUCGCGCGCCCAGCUCUACCAGCAGCACCGCGCCCAGCUGGGCCCCUGGGUGGAGGCCUGCGAGGGCCAGGAGGGCCGCAUCCAGCCGUCUCUGGAGCCCGCCGCCCUGGAGGAGGCCCUGCAGGAGGCCCGGCGCCUGGGCCUGGACCUGGAGCGCCGUCGCCCCCUGCUGGAGGCCCUGAACGGCGCGGCCGACCAGCUGCUGGAGCUGUGCCGGGCGGGGGAGGAGGAGGUGCGGGACGAGAAGGCGGCGCUGAACGGCCGCGUGGACGGGCUGGGGGAGCGGCUCCACGCCCGCACCGCCCAGCUGGAGGAGCUGGCGGGCAGGCUGCGUGAGUUCGAGGAGGGCCGGCAGGCAGUGGAGAGGAGGCUGGAGGCGGCCCGGCACCAGAUCGAAGUGCAGGAGGCGCUGGGCCCCCAGGCCUGCAGCAACAAGAGCCUGGAGCGUCUGCGCGGCCAGCAGGAGGCGCUGCUGUCCCUGCGGCCGCAGGUGGAGUACCUCCGCGGCCUGGCCGGGGGGCUGGUGCAGGACGCCCCGUCGACACCAGGGGGCGACCAGGGGGGCCAGAGGCUGGAGCAGCAGGCCACGGACAUGGAGAGAGAGUUCGGAGACGUCAGCGAGAAGAUCGAGCAGUGCUGCUCCUCUCUGGAGCGGAGGCUCCAGGGCGUGGGGGAGGUGCAGUCGAGCGUCCGCGACGUCUUCUCUCGCCUGGCCGACCUGGACGACGAGCUGGACGCGCUGAGCCCGGUGGGCCGGGACGCCGACGCGCUGGCCUCGCAGGCGGACGCGGUGAGGGGCAUGCUGGGACGGCUGGCGGCCCUGCGCUCGGAGCUGGAGGGCCACGGCGGCGACUGCACGGCCAUGCUGCGGCGCGAGGGCAGCUCCCCCGACCUGCUGGCCCUGCGGCGGGAGACCGAGGCCCUCAGCCGCCAGGCCGCCAAGCUGGCCGAGAGGGGGCAGGGCCGGCUGGCGCAGAUCGGGGACGCCGCCGAGCGCGUGCGGGAGUUCUACGCCCGCGUGGCCGAGCUGCAGGGGCUGCUGGGACGCGCCGAGGACGGGCUGAACGCCCAGGGGGCCGUCGGCACCGAGGUGGAGCUCAUCAAGCAGCAGCUCCAGGAGUUCAAGGGUCUGGAGCGGGAGCAGGUAGACUGUAUACAGCCCAAGCUUCAGCAGGUUAAUGCUGUGGGUCAGGGUUUGAUACAGAGUGCCGCCAAGGACACUGACACACAGGCACUGGAACAUGACCUGGAAACCACCAACCUGCGCUGGAACUCCCUCAACAAAAGGGUGGCCGAGCGCGUUGCACAGCUUCAGGAAGCUCUGUUGCAUUGUGGGAAGUUCCAGGAUGCACUGGAGCCCUUGUUGAGCUGGCUGAGUGAUACAGAAGAGCUGAUAGCCAAUCAGAAGCCUCCAUCAGCCGAGUACAGAGUGGUCAAGGCUCAGAUACAGGAACAAAAGCUGCUGCAGCGGUUGCUGGAUGAUCGGCGCGGGACGGUGCAGAUGAUUCGGGCGGAGGGUGAGCGCAUCGCCGCCGCUGCUGAGCCGCAGGACAGAGACAAGAUCCGCAAGCAGCUGGAGAGCCUGGGAGAGAGAUGGACCGACCUGCUGGAUAAAGCCAGCGCAAGGCAGAGCCAGCUGGAGGAGCUGCAGGUCCUGGCUCUUCAGUUCCACGAGGCCGUGGAGCCCCUGGGGGAGUGGCUGAGUGCCACAGAGAGACGCCUCAGCUCCGCCGAGCCCAUGGGCACCCAGACCGCCAAGAUCACCCAGCAGAUCGCCCGCCACAAGGCCCUACAAGAGGAAGUGUCCUCUCGGGGGCCGGAGGUGGAGCGUCUGGAGGCUCUGGGCCAAUCGCUGUCCCCGCUCAGUUGCGCGGCGGACCGCGAUUGGCUGGGGGAGCGCGUAGGGGCGGUUCGGGGCGGGCACGCAGAGCUGCGCGACAGGGUCGAGAGGCGGGCGGCCAUGUUGGAGCAGGCCCUGGCCAACGCCCAGCUGUUCGGGGAGGAGGAGGUGGAGGUGCUCAACUGGCUGGCCGAGGUGGCACAGAGACUGGCCGAGGUGUCAGUGCAGAGCUACCAGCCUGAGCAGCUCACCCAGCUGCACAAACACACCCUGUCGCUGAACGAGGAGAUUGUGAGCCGGAAGAAGACUGUGGACCAGGCCAUUAAGAACGGCCAAGCCCUGUUGAAACAGACAACAGGUGAGGAGGUGCUGCUGAUCCAGGAGAAGCUGGACGGGAUUAAGAGCCGUUACGCAGAGAUGACCGCCGGCAGCAGCAAGGCCCUGAGGACCCUGGAGCAGGCCCUGCAGCUCGCCACGCGAUUCGCCACUGCCCACGACAACAUCAACCAAUGGCUCGACAGCGUGGAGGCAGAGCUUAACAACGGAGAGCCUGACACCACGCCUGCCUAUCAGGACAGACAAAAGGAGCUGAAGUGUGUGUCGGCGGAGAAGCGACUGGUUCUGGACACGGUGAAUGAGGUGGGCAGCGCCCUGCUGGACCUGGUGCCCUGGCGCGCCCGCGAAGGCCUCGAUCGCCUGGUCGCCGAUGCCAACCAGCGCUACCGCCAGGCCGAUGAGACCAUCACUCAGCGUGUGCAGCUAGUGCAGGCUGCCAUCCAGAGGUCACAACAGUACGAGGAGGCGGUGGACGCGGAGCUGGCCUGGGUAGGGGAGACGGAGAGGAAGCUGGGCUCCCUGGGGCCCCUCAGCCUGGAGCCCGACGUGACCGUGGCCCAGCUGCAGGUGCAGAGGGCCUUCAACAUCGACAUCAUCCGCCACAAAGACACCGUCGACCAGCUGCUCAACACCCGCGACGACAUCCUGGAGACCUGCAGCGACCAGCAGAGGGAGUCCCUGCAGGUAAAGACAGACACCCUGAGCGCUCGCUACGAGGCGGUGAGUCAGAGCCACUCGGAGCGCUUCUCGGCCCUGGAGCAGGCCCAGGUGCUGGUGGCCCGUUUCUGGGAGACGUACGAGGAGCUGGAUCCCUGGCUGGGUGAGACAGAGACCCUCAUCGCCCAGCUGCCCCCGCCCGCCAUCGACACGGAGGCCCUGAGACUGCAGCAGGACCAGAUGAGGCUCCUGCGGGAGUCCAUUGCGGAGCACAAGCCCCACAUCGACAAGCUGCUGAAGAUCGGGCCGCAGAUGGCCGAGCUGAGCGCCCAGGAGGGGGCGACGGUGAGGCAGCGCUUCAGCGAGGCUGAGAAGCGCUACCUGGCCAUCAAAGAAGAAGUGAAGGGCCGGGCCGGAGCGCUGGACGAGGCCGUGUCCCAGUCCGCACAGUUCCACGAUAAGAUGGACCCCCUGCUGGAGACCCUGGAGGGGGCCGUGCAGCGGCUAAGGCAGCCCCCGCCCGUGGCCGCAGAGGUGGAGAAGAUCCGGGAGCAGCUGACCGAUCACCGCGCCACGGGCCUGGAACUCGACAAACUCCUGCCCUCCUUUAGCGCCCUGUGCACCCGCGGAGAGGAGCUCAUCACCCGCGCACCCCACGAUGACCCCGCCGCCCAGGCGGUGCGUUCCCGGCUGCUUCGGCUGCGCUCCCUGUGGGAGGAGAUCCGGCAGCGCGCGGAGGAGCGGGAGGGAAAGCUGCAGGACGUGCUGGACCUGGCCGGAAAGUUCUGGGCCGACAUGGCGGCGCUCCUGAGCACGCUCCGCGACUCGCAGGACAUCGUGAAGGACCUGGAGGACCCGGGCGUGGACCCGUCGCUCAUCAAGCAGCAGAUCGAGGCCGCUGAGGCCAUCAAAGCGGAGACGGACGGGCUGAGGGAGGAGCUGGAGUUUGUGCGCACGCUGGGCGCUGACCUCAUCUUCGCCUGCGGGGAGACCGAGAAGCCCGAGGUCAAGAAGACCAUCGACGAGAUGAACGGAGCGUGGGAAGGGCUGAACAGGACCUGGCGGGAGCGCAUGGAGAGACUAGACGAGGCCAUGACAGCCUCCGUGCAGUACCAGGAUGCUUUGCAGGGCAUGUUCGACUACCUGGACAAUGCCGUCAUCAAGCUGUGUGACAUGUCUACCGUGGGAACUGACCUCAGCACUGUCAAACAGCAGAUCGAGGAGCUGAAGCAGUUCAAGGUGGAGGUGUACCAGCAGCAGAUCGACAUGGAGAAGCUCUGCCACCAGGGGGAGCUGCUGCUGAAGAAGGUGUCCGACCACGCCGACCAAGACAUGAUCCAGGAGCCCCUCACUGAGCUCAGGCACCUGUGGGAUAAUCUGGGGGACAAGAUCACACACAGACAGCACAAGCUGGAGGGUGCUCUCCUGGCGUUGGGUCAGUUCCAGCAUGCCCUGUCAGAGCUGCAGUCCUGGCUCAGCCACACCCACACCACCCUGGACACCCAGCGGCCAAUCAGCUCCGACCCCAAAGCCAUCGAGAUCGAGCUGGCCAAGCACCACGUCCUGCGGAACGACGUGUUGUCGCACCGCUCCACGGUGGAGACGGUGAGCGGAGCGGGGACCGAGCUGCUGGAGUCCAGCCCCGGGGACGAGGCCAGCCACCUGCGCGCCCAGCUGGACGAGCUGAACCGAACCUGGGAGAGCCUGCUACUCAAGACCCAGGAGAGACAGGCCCUGCUGGAGGCCGCACUGCAACAGGCGGAGGGUUUCCACGGCGAGCUGGAGGAGUUUCUGCAGUGGUUGAGGCGCACGGAGAGCCAGCUGUCCUCCGCCAAACCCACCGGUGGCCUGCCCGAGACUGCCAGAGAACAGCUGCAGCAGCACGUGGAGCUCCAGGCUCAGCUGGCCAAGCGAGCGGAGCCGUACCACCGUCUGCUGGACCAGGGCGAGGCCAUGCUGCUGUCCCGGGGGGAGGAGGCCGGGCCCGGCACCACCCAGACCCAGCAGAACCUGGGCCUGCUGCAGAACAAGUGGGCCAGCCUCAACACCAAGAUGGACGACCGGAGGGCGAAGUUGGAGGAGGCCGUUUCCCUGGCCACAGGGUUCCAGUCCUCCCUGCAGGACACCAUAAACUGGCUGACUCAGGCAGAGCAGGCCCUCAACAUGGCCCAGCCCCCCAGCCUCAUCCUGGACACGGUCCUCUUCCAAAUCGACGAGCACAAGGUGUUUGUGAAUGAGGUGAACACUCACAGGGAGCAGGUGCUGGCUCUGGAGAAGGCGGGCUCACAGCUGCGCUUCGCCAGUCUGAAGCAGGACGUGGUUCUGAUAAAGAACCUGCUGCUGAGCGUGCAGGCGCGCUGGGACAAGCUGGUGCAGAGGUCCCUGGACCGCGGCCGACACCUGGACGAGGCCCGCAAGAGGGCCAAGCAGUUCCACGAGGCCUGGAGGAAGCUGUCAGACUGGCUGGAGGAGGCAGAGAGCCGGCUGGACUCAGAGCUGGAGAUCUCCAACGAGCCAGACAAGAUCAAAGUGCAGCUGGCCAAGCACAAGGAGUUCCAGAAAGCUCUGGGCUCGAAGCAGCCGGUCUACGACACCACGGUCCGAUCGGGACGAGCCAUGAGGGACAAGGCCACCCUGGCAGCCGACACCCAGAAACUGGACAAUUUACUGGGAGAGGUCCGGGACAAGUGGGACACAGUGUGUGGGAAGAGUGUAGAGAGGCAGCACAAGCUGGAGGAGGCGCUGCUGUUCUCGGGGCAGUUUGCUGAAGCCCUGCAGGCUCUGGUGGACUGGCUGUACCGUGUGGAGCCCCAGCUGAGUGAGGACCAGCCCGUCCACGGAGACCUGGACCUCGUCUCAAACCUAAUGGACUCUCACAAGGCCUUCCAGAAGGCUGGGAAGAGGACGAGCAGCGUUCAGGCGCUGAAACGCUCGGCCCGUGAGCUGAUGGAGACGGGGCGUGACGACACUGCCUGGGUGCGCGUGCAGCUGCAGGAGCUCAGCAACCGCUGGGACACCGUCUGCGCCCUGUCCGUCACCAAGCAGACCCGCCUCCAGAAGGCCCUCAAGCAGGCGGAGGAGUUCCGCGCGGCGGUGCAGCUGCUGCUGGAGUGGCUGUCGGAGGCGGAGCAGACGCUGCGUUUCCGCGGCGUCCUCCCGGAGGAGGCGGAGACUCUGCAGGCGCUGCCGCUCCACAGAGACUUCAUGCAGACGGUGGAGGAGAAGCGCUCCGACGUCAACAGGGCCGCCGGCCUCGGGGAGGCCAUCCUCACCGUCUGCCACCCCGACUGCAUCACCACCAUCAAGCACUGGAUCACCAUCAUCAGAGCCCGCUUCGAGGAGGUACUCACAUGGGCCAAACAGCACGAGCAGCGUCUGGAGACGGCCCUCACAGAGUUACUAAACAAUGCAGCCCUAUUGGAGGAACUGUUGUCAUGGCUGCAGUGGGCGGAGACUACCCUGGUUCAGCGGGACACCGAGCCCCUCCCCCAGGACAUCCCUCAACUAAAAACGCUAAUUACAGAGCACCAGGUGUUCAUGGAGGAGAUGACACAGAAGCAGCCGGACGUUGACCGCGUCACCAAAACCUACAAGAGGAAGACCGCCGAGCCCCCCAGCAGCCUGGCCGAGAGACGCGGACAACGUAAACAGCCACAACCGCAGCAGGCGCAGGCAGCCAUGCAGGUUCCCGGGGGCAACCCUCGCCUCAACCAGCUGUGCUCCCGCUGGCAGCAGGUGUGGCUGCUGGCUCUGGACCGCCAGCGCAAGCUAAACGACGCCCUCGACAGGCUGGAGGAGCUGAAAGAGUUCGCCAACUUCGACUUUGACGUUUGGCGGAAGAAGUACAUGCGCUGGAUGAACCACAAGAAGUCUCGUGUGAUGGAUUUCUUCCGUCGCAUCGACAAGGACCAGGACGGCAAGAUCACCCGCCAGGAGUUCAUCGAUGGCAUCUUAGCCUCCAAGUUCCCCACCAGCAAGCUGGAGAUGACCGCGGUGGCUGACAUCUUUGACCGCGAUGGUGACGGUUACAUUGAUUAUUAUGAGUUUGUGGCAGCGCUGCACCCCAAUAAGGACGCGUACCGCCCCACUACUGAUGCUGACAAGAUCGAGGAUGAGGUGACCAGACAGGUGGCACAGUGUAAAUGUGCCAAGAGAUUCCAGGUGGAGCAGAUCGGGGAGAACAAGUACAGGUUCUUCCUUGGGAACCAGUUUGGGGACUCCCAGCAGCUGCGGCUGGUGCGUAUCCUGCGCAGCACAGUGAUGGUGCGGGUGGGAGGAGGCUGGAUGGCUCUGGAUGAGUUCCUGGUGAAGAAUGACCCCUGCAGAGUGCAUCAUCCAGGAGUUAAAAUCCUUCGCACCGAGUCCAGCAGCUCCAUAUCAUCUCGUAUAGCACGCGGACGCACCAACCUGGAGCUGCGGGAGAAGUUCAUCCUGCCGGAGGGCACGGGCCUGGCCGCCUUCCGGUCCCGCGGCCGGCGCUCCAAGCCCUCGUCCCGCACGGCGUCUCCCACCCGCUCCUCCUCCUCCGCCUCGCACAGCGCCCCCAGCUGCGCCUCGCUGCCCUCCGCCCCGGCCACGCCCACCGCCUCCUCACGGUCCACCCACACUCACUCUCGCGGCUAUGCUAAGCCCUGGCUGGCUCACAGUAAAACUCCAAGUCCAUCCAAGUGCCAGUCCUGCCCAGAGCACAGCCAGACUCCGGGGCCUGAGGGGGCGGCGAGUUCCAAGCUGAAGAGGCCGACCUUCCACUCCAGCCGCGGCUCUCUGACUGGGGAGAAUGGGGGCCAGACCACGCCCGGUGGAGCCAAGCCUGGCCGCCCAGAAUCCUCAGCCAAGCGCGCAGCCUCGACAGCAAGUGGCCCAGCGAGUCGGGCGGGGAGCAGGGCGGGGAGCCGCGCGAGCAGCAGGCGAGGGAGCGAUGCGUCCGACGCCUCCGAGCUCCUGGAGACGCGCUCGGCCUGCUCCGACACCUCGGACACGCCCCGCCGCCCCGGCACCAAGCCCUCCAAGAUCCCCACCAUCUCCAAGAAGACUCCCAGCCCCAGAACCGCCACGGGCAAGAGAUAAAAACACAGACCUCCACAUCGGCAGGGGGCGCCAGGGGAACACGUGUCACAGACUCACAGAGACGGUGGUGCAGCCGGGGCUGACGGGGGUGCUCACUCUCACGCACCCACGCUGGGCUAGACUGAUCAGAACUUUCCGGAAGCAAACCCCAGCUUGCCUGUCUUUGUCUUUCUUGGGUUUUUUCGGAACGGCGGAUGGACGCUGCUGAAUCCUGACCUCUUCCACUGGAGUCAUCACUAACAAUAACCAUAAUGAUGCUGCCUUAUCUGUGUUCUGUAUUUUAAUCCUGACGUGAGAAUUUGUUUGGUGUGGCAGUGGGGUAGACGCGCACACACACAAACACACAAACUCGCAUGCACACACACACACACACACACACACAGUCAUCUACCCACACCCUGAAGAACACGAAAGGGCAAGAUAGCGACAGGUGUUGGUUCCUGUAACCGAACUGAAACAGAGGCUCUGUAGCUGUGGGUGUGUUUGAGAGACUCACCAGCACUUCUCUGGAAAAUUGCGUGCUUUACUCGCGCAGACAACACACACGCACAUACACACACUCAUGCGCACACACACAGCUUGUUCUGCUCUGAUCCAGCAGACAGUACCUCCUCCAGUCUGUGUGUUUGUGUGGUGUGGUGUGGUAAUGUUGGAGGGGAGUUCCAGUGACUCGGGAGAACAUGAAGACACAGUGUGACACCAUACCUCACUCAUUUUGGGGUGAAUGUGAGGGGGCGCUGCGGAUGCGAUGAACAGGAGCAUAUGGCAGUGAGAGGAGGAAGAGGUGGCCUCACCGGCUGCUUUCACUUGCUGUACUGUACCACUCUCAUUCACCGUCUCCACAGAGCUGCAGCACCCCUGGGUCUCGCCGUGACUGUGCCCCACUGCGACCGUACGAGGUCCAACUGCCCCCCGUCUGGUGACAUCAUACCUCCGGGACCGCUUUUAUGGACUGGUUUCAGGUCACCUGAUAAACCGUGAAACGUGUGGAAGUGAAGUGGUGUGAAUUCCUCUACCGAUGAAGUGAACCUUAUUCCAGAUGAAGAGUGUGCACUGACUGUCUGUAUGGCUGUACACCCCCUCCCCCCAGCCCUGGGUCACACUGAUGGGACUUCUGGGGCAUGUUGUGUGUGUGUGUGUGUGUGUGUGUGUGUGUGUGUGUGUGUGUUUGUGUGUUUUAACUCUGUUCAGUCGUAAUGUGUUACAGAAACCAGAGGUCAUUGAAAUUGUUUCACAGUAUGCAAAAAUGAAAAAAUGAGAAUUGUGAAUGUCCCUCGCCCGGUUAAUUUAUAAUCCUUUUUCAGUUUUUGUUCCUUUGGCUAGCUUAUAAGGAAAUUUGUAUUUAUUUUUCAGUUUCAGUAUCAUAUCACCUCCUGUGAAUUAUUAGUAUUAAUAUGACGAUGCUCUUUUUGGUUUGUUUUCUUUCUUUUUUUUUAACCAAGAAAGUGUCUCUUCCUCUCUGUUCUUGUAAAUGAUAGUUUAUGAAAUGACUGACAGGACACGUGGAUUCCGAGCGGCCUUUUUGCCAGAUGGCUACAGUUAUAGGAUUAUGACUGAACGGCCCAAAAAAAUAAAACUAUGAAAAUUGUGAUGAUUGUGAAAAUCAUUGAAGGAGAGAGGUGCGGAAGAGCCUUCACCCCCUCUCUGCAUAGUCGCCCCUCGUUCGAUCCCUCUUCCCUCCCGAUAGGAGCUUUGAAUUGUGACAUUGACAGGAAUAAAUGUGUUCCUUCAAUUCUCUUUGUGAGUUCUGACAAAUAUGAAUAACUGAUGAAAAUCAACUGAAAUCUUAAGGUGAUUUUUUAUUUUUAUUUAUUGUCUCUUUUUGGGGGGAGAAGGGGGAAAAGGGGAGACUGAUCCCCUUUUGAUGCUGUGUUAUCAGUGUGUUUAAGAGAAAAUGGAGGGGGGGUUAUUAUGAAUUGUGUAAAAGAAAAAUAAGUUGACUAUAAAACCUUUUUUGCUCUCAUUUUGUAUUAAAAUAUUGCUUGCAGUAAAAAAAAAAAAAA